AUGGGCAAGUUUCUCAUUUGCGUUGGACUGGCACUCCUGCUGCAUGCGCAGCUAGGAUCCUCCUAUCUCCUGUCUUGUUACUUCACCAACUGGGGACAGUACAGACCUGGAGCAGGGAAGUACUUCCCCACCAACGUGGACCCAUGCCUUUGUGACCACCUGAUCUACGCCUUCGCCACCAUGGACAACAACAUGAUCAAGAGCUUUGAGUGGGACGACGAGAAACUCUACGCCGAGUUCCAGGCCCUCAAGAACCAGAACAGCGAGCUGAAGACCCUCCUGGCCAUCGGUGGAUGGAACAUGGGGACCCCUAAGUUCUCUGCUAUGGUGGCUUCUGCUGGUACCCGUCAGACCUUCAUCACCUCCGUCAUCAAGUUCCUGAGGCAGUAUGAGUUUGAUGGUCUGGACAUCGACUGGGAGUACCCCGGCUCCAGAGGCAGCCCUGCCAUCGACAAGACCCGUUACACCACCCUCGCCCAGGAGCUCCUGUCUGCUUUCGAGGCUGAGGCCACGAAGACCAACCGUCCUCGUCUGAUGCUGACCGCUGCCGUGUCCGCCGGCAAGGGCACCAUCGACACUGGAUACCAGAUUCCCCAGCUCGGCAAAAUCCUGGAUUACUUCCAUGUCAUGACCUAUGACUUCCACGGGUCCUGGGAGCACCAGACUGGUGAGAACAGCCCCCUGUACAAGGGCGCCGCUGACAAGGGAAGCCUCAUCUACUUCAACAUGGACUACGCCAUGAACUACUGGAAGAGCCAGGGUGCCCCCGCUGAGAAGCUGCUGGUUGGUUUCGCCACCUACGGCCACACCUUCAAACUGGCCAGUGCCUCCAACAACGGUGUUGGCGCUACCGCCAACGGACCCGGACCCGCCGGACCCUUCACCAGGCAGGCUGGAUUCUGGGCCUACUAUGAGAUCUGUUCCUUCCUGAAGACUCCAGGAGCCACUCAGGCCUGGGACUCCACCCAGAUGGUGCCCUACGCCUACAGCCCCACCCAGCUCACCUGGGUCGGCUACGACAACGUCAAGAGCUUCCAGGCCAAGAUUGAUUGGCUGAAGAAGAGUCAGUUCGGCGGAGCCAUGGUGUGGAGCUUGGACCUGGAUGACUUCAGCGGCACCUUCUGCGGCCAAGGCAGAUACCCUCUGAUCAACACAAUCAGGAGCGGCCUGGGCACCAGUCCAAACUGCGCCUCCCGCACCAAGCCUCUUUCCCCUGUGACCCCCACCGCCCAUGCCCCUCCCCAGCCCCAGCCCGGUGGUGGCGGAAGCAGCAGCGGUGGCGGCAGCAGCAGCGGUGGUGGUAGCAGCAGCGGCGGAAGUGGCUUCUGUGCCGGCAAGGCCAACGGCAUGUUCCCCGACCCCACCAACAAGGGCACCUUCUACGAGUGCGCCGGCGGCAGGACCUACGUGCAGCACUGCGCCUCCGGCCUGGUGUUCGACACCUCCUGCUCCUGCUGCAACUGGGCAUAGAGGAACCUUCUAGCUCUUUCCAUGACACAUCCGUUUGCAGAGUAUCAGAAAAUAAAAUAAAAAUAAACCAAACUAAUCUUGGAACAUGUUUGUUGUUGAGUCCAGUUAUUCUGCUUUCUUGGGU